GUUUCAUGACAGUCAAACUUAUAGUUAAAAUCAGUUCAAUCAAAUUAUCAGUCAAAAAUGGAAAUUUUCCAUUCUCUAACAGAGUAUUUGGUUCAAUUGUGUGGCCAUUCGUCAUAUCAUCGACUUAUUUCACUAUUCAGCAACUCGGAAUUUGCGCAGAAUGCUCGACUUGGUUUACAGCGAGCUAUUGAUAUUCUAACUGCACCAGAUUUUAUGAAGAACGCUUCAAUUUUCGUUGCCCUCAGUUAUGUUGGUGUCCUUAUCGGUGGUCCGAUUGGGCUAGCUCUCGGUGGAAUAGCCGCUUUUGGAAUGGUUAAAUGGCAGAAAGCUUUUCAAUUACCCAACACAAUCAGCUCAAAUGCUCAAAGUUUGGUACAUAAUUUGAAAUUACCACAUUUUAUCACAGUAGCGACAGUAAGUGCAGUACUGAGUUUUCUAUGUUUCAUUCUUGGAGGUCGAGUUGAUGUGGCAAUUGGAGGAAUGCUUGGCCAAUUAAUUGCAUACACAGCUGUUGAAUUGAAAUAUCUUGAACCGGUCAUUCAAAAUGCGAAAUACGUCGUAUUUUGCAUCGCAACUUUUGUUUCGGGAUUAAUUGGCUACUAUUGGCCUGAUUGGCAAAUCGUUUAUGGAACAUUCGAAGCGGCCUACAAGACACUAUACCCGUGUAUACCAUUUGUCGUUGAGUUGGUGAAACAUCCACACUUCCUUGGAGUCGUAAUUUCUAUGUUUAUACUUUGUAUAGCUAUACUGGGGUCAUAUCUAAAUUGUUACGAACACAAUCCAUUACGCUGGAGAAUGCUAACGACUAUGAUCGGCGAAAUUUCACGAACAACCACAAAAUCUCUUGCAUCACAUGUUAUCAAGAGAGCUGUCAUCAUUGUCAUUGGAAUCUGUGGGCUGGUAGGACUGGUUACUUUUGGUAUUUAUAAUUGGGAAAUUGUUCACCAAAAAGUCAAAUUGACGUACGAAUGUUUGUCUCCAAUCAUAAUACAUCUUUCUGAAUAUUUAAACAAAACAAUUGAAGUGGCCCAUAAAGAACUGCAUAAUAUUAUGAUACAACUUCCAAAUUACGUGGCAAAACCUCAUUUCGUCAAGAGAACAGCUUUAUGCAUAAUUGUGAGCGUAAUUGGCUUGAUUGCAUACAAAAUUUAUCAACGGAAACGCGAUUCUUCGGUAAAGACCGACCUUGCGCCGAAAACAGAGACACAAAUUCCUUUCAAGAUGUUGUAUUAUUAUCUAAAAUCAACUCGUACACUUAAGGGUGCUGCAAUUGGGGCUGGAACCAGUUUUACACUUGGAUUGUCUGCUAUUGCAAUUUGGAAAUGGCCAACUGCUGAGCCAGUGCUCAUGGCAAUAAUAAGAAAUCUAUUGAAUGCAAAGAAAACUCUGCUACAAUUAAUUAAAACCAAAUAUUUCAUCAUCGGAGCAGUAGUUUAUAUGACUUUUGGCCUUAUUAGUAUGCUCAUAUAUGUUGUCCCUCAAUGGAGUAUUACAGUUUUAUCAAGAGUCAAGGCAACGAUCACUGAAGUUCGAUGCGCAUACCUGGAGCUUGAAGAUUUGGUGAUUGAAAUAUGUUUGAAUUUUUAUUUUUCGAUCUGUUUUACAGUAUAUGAUGCACAGGAAUUUUUAUCCCUUUUCAAUCAAAAUCUAAUUUCACAGCUCAAUGCCAACGAAAUAUUCACAUCACUGCUGCGAAAAGUGAACGAAUCGAUCUACAAAACAAUCGAUUUAAUCAAAGGGUGUUUGUCAUUGAUGGAGAGCCAACUUGUUAAUAUGUAUAUCAUAAAGUUGAUAGAAGCGAUAAAUAAGCCAGAAUUUGUGAAUGGUGCUUUAGUAUGUGCCGGAUUUAGUGUCAUUGGUUUUUUGUUUGGCGGUUUGAAUGGCUUUGUCAUCGGGCUUAUUCUGGCUGAAUUGUUUCUUCAAGGAAUUUCACAAUACCCGAAUGGUUCAACAGCUCUUGGCGAUGCAAUUAUAGACAAUUUGGGGAUACCACAAACUCAAACCCACUGGUUGAACCUUUUUGGUACUGUUUACAAGUUGGAAUUGCCAAAAGAGGAUAUUUCAACGUUGCAGCAAUGGGAAGAGCACAAAAAAACAGCCGUUUUCCAAAGUUUCUUCUCUUUUAUACGCGAUGAGUUAAGGCUCAAGGUAUCGGAGUUGCAUGUGAAACUAAAUCGUUCAGAAGAUUCAACUCAAAAUCGUUUGAUUGAAUCAAAAGUUUCCAGCCAAACAAGAAUUUCCAGAAGAAACGAUCCUACAUGCGGCAGGGAAACGAAUGUGAACGCCACACAAAAUGAUGAACAUAAAGAAGAUGGCGAUUCAGUUGAUAUCUCAACUGAACAAUGUACAAUGAAUAUUGGAGCGAGUGGCGAAAAACCAUACGCAAUCAGCAUGAUUUUUGGACAAUAGAAAGUUAUGUGCAGAUUUUUGACAUUUCUUCAGUCAAAGUUUUAUUCAAAAUUUCAAUCAAGUUAAAAAAAAUCAUUAAAAUUCUCAAAUAAAAAAAAAU